AUGAUCGGUCCAGGUCCUUACAGGGCAACAAAACUGUGGAAUGAAAUUAUCAAGCUCUUCCGGGGAGGCAUGCCACUCCGCCGACACUGGGCGCAUUUCCGUAGCUAUGACAACAGCUUCACGGGUUCCGAGGCCGUGGACUGGCUGCACGCGCUCCUGAAGCGCAAUCACAACUUUGGGCCUGAAGUAACGCGUUAUCAGACGCUGCAGCUACUGCGUAAGUUCCUGAAGAACCACGUCUUUGAGGACAUUAAGGGGCGCUACGGCAAGGAGGACUUUGAGGACAACGGGCAAUUGUACAGGUUUCCUCCCUCCUCGCCCCUGAAGCCGCUUCCCAAGCGCAGGCCGCUGGCAGAGAGCGGCUUCCUCCCCAAGCUCCCCGGCUGGGACGACUACGAGGAAGUGCCGCUGCCGGAGAAGGUGCCCAUGAAGCCACUCAUUUUGAAUUCCGAGUCCUGGAAUAAGAGGCACAGCAUCGCCAUCGGGGAAGUGCAGGAAUGCCGGCUGAUCCGGAGGCGGGAGAUCACACAGAGGCACGUGGACCACAUCUGGAAGUCCAUGACCUUAGCACACUUGCAGAGGGUUCUGGGCCUGGAGUCUCUGGACGGAGUGCUGGACACUAAGACGCUGAACCCAAAGCACAUCGUGCACAACGUGUACAGUGUGAACAAGCAGGGGAUCGUGGUGCUGAAGGAGAGAUCAGGUGAUUUACCUCACUGGGUUUUAUCAGCAAUGAAGUGCUUGGCAAACUGGCCCAACGGCAGUGAGACCAAGCAGCCCAUGUACCCCGGGUUCGAGAAGGACGUGCUGAAGACGGUUGCGGACUACUUCCAGAAGCUGCAGGAGCCGCUGCUGACCUUCCAGCUGCACGAGGUUUUUGUCAAUAUCCUCGGCCUGCUGCAGAGGAGGCAGGUGGCAGUCGACGCCCUGCAGGUCUGCUGCCUGUUGCUGCCCCCGCCAAACCGCCGCAAGCUGCAGCUGCUGAUGCGCCUGAUGUCACGCGUCUGUCACAACCCGCGGCUCCCCGUGCUCAACGAGGCCAUCGGGACCCGCACGCUGAUGGUCCAGACCUUCUCGCGCUGUGUCCUGCGCUCGGCUGAUGAGGAGGACCUGGACGAGCUGCUGGCCACCAAGCUGGUCACCUUCAUGAUGGACCACCACGAGGAGGCCCUGCGGGGCCCCGGCCGGCUGCAGAGGGCCGUGGAGGAGCACCUGGCUCACCUGCGCAGGGUCCAGAUUAAGUACUCGGGCGCGGAUGCGGACGCCUCCCUGGUGUCUCCCUCCUUCUGCAGACAGAUCAGCAAGGCAGAGUUUGAGGAGCAGCGUCUCCGUGGCUCCCAGGAGCCAAUGGCGGAGCUGCUGGAGGGCAUCAUCAGCAACAAGGACCUAUCCGUCAAGGACAAGAAGAAAAAACUGAAGCAGUUCCAGAGGUCAUACCCAGAAAUCUACAGGAGGCGGUUCCCGACGGCGGAGAGCGAGGCGGCGGUGGUGGUCCCGGAGAGGCCUGCGUCCCGGAUGAGACCCCAGCUGAGGUUCCUCGCCCUGAAGAAGCCCUUCCAGCCCUUUCAGAGGAGCUGGAGCUUCAGAGCCUGAGUCCGGCUCGGCCUCGGAGCCUGAGUCCGGCUCGGCUUCAGAGCCUGAGUCCGGCUCGGCCUCGGAACCUGUGCAGUAGUACAGUACAGACCAGGGUCAAAUUGAAAUCCACUUUAACUCCUUAGAGGACUGGCAAACUCCUAAAUUUUCCUGAAGAUCUUUGAAAACUUUCAAUGAAACUUCAAAGUGACCAAUAUGUACAAUCAUAUUAAGAAAGAAUUUAUAAAUAAUCAGUAAGAUUUUGUCUGGUGUCAAAAGGGUUAAUGCAUUUCGAAUAAUUGGUCCCCAGUUUGAGUUUUAAAAGGACAAAGUCACUAAAUGCUUCUGCAUGGGGUUAUUUUUUAAUAUUUAAAUAUGCUGGUCAUAUCACAACAUGACACUAAACUAAAUUCUCACAGCAAACAGAUUAAGCUGUUUUUAAAUUACUGUAAUGCUGAUUAAUAUUUGAAACAAAUGUUCAGCAAAGGUCUGUUAGGGUCUGUUUUAUCACUACAGUUUGGCCUGGUGCUUGCAUUAAUUGUACAACACUGUAAGCUAGAAAUGGCAUUUUAACCCAGAAAAACAUUUCAAAAACGGGUUUUCGCUACAAUUUGUUCGGUCCAUUUAUCGGUCCUGUGAUGAAUACAGGUUUGGACACAACUGGUUAUUUUCACAAAUGUUUGUGUCCUGGAACACUAAUAUAACUGCUGUUUGAUAGUGGUUGAUUGUUUGUGAUAGUGGAUGGUGAUUGAUGGUUGGUGGCCUGAGAUAAUGGGUGGUUACUGAUGGUUGGUGGUCUGAGAUAAUGGAUGAUGAGUGAUGGUUGAUAGUUUGAGAUAAUGAUUGGUUACUGAUAGUUGGUGGUCUGAGAUAAUGGAUGAUGAGUGAUGGUUCAUAGUUUGAGAUAAUGGAUUGGUUGCUGAUGGUUGGAGAUAAUGGAGUGUUCAUAUCUGAACAUGGAUGGUGGUUUCGUCAGCAGUUAAGAUGGGAGAUGGAAGAACAGCUGAUAACCCUGGAGAACUGGAACAACUUGCACUGCCUCCAGUGUGACCUGUAGAGAUUUCUCUGUAGAGAGGUCCUCUUCUUCCAUUAAUCUGCAAAAGCAUUGUGUGAUAUUCCAGGAAAAUAUGUCUGUUACAUUUGCAUCAGUUUUCAAUGAGGAAUAAUAAUAAUAUUAAAAUGAAUAAUAACGAUAAUAAUAAGGAAAUCUUGCAAUUUCAAGUUAUGGUCCCAUGUUCAGUGUUAUUCUUAAAACAAGAUUGACUUGUAUGUUGUAAAAUACUGCUGCAAAAUACUUUAAUGUACGAUAGUUCACAGAUAAUGGUUGACUUGAUUACACUGGAAUACAUUUCACUCAAGUCCUUAUUCCUUGACCAAUUAGAAUUACUAGAAUUACUAAAUAGGACUGCGGAUAUUGUGCCGAAUCUGUCAUGUUAAGAAAAAAAAUGGGGAGUCUUUAGUAGCUCCAACUGUAAGUUGAGUUUCUUUAAAUCUUAAACGAGUGUUAAAUGCUGAUCGUGUCAAAGCUGUCUACAAUAGGUGACAAUGGUACUCAUUUCACUCUCAUCUUCCCUUGGAGUGAUGUACAUUUCCUAGUUCCUAACUACGACUCAUUCUUGAAUAUGUAAAGUCAGAUCUUUGCUUGAGUGAUUAGUGAAGUCAUCUUUACCAUGUUACUGUGUGUUUUAACACUGCUGUGUUCGUAUUAGUGCCUGUUGACACAAGGCUGUUACUGUUUUAUGCCAAGGGGAGAUGGACUUGUUUUGUUCAGAAUAUGUCAAUAAUAUCUGAUUGACUAAGUGAUUCCAGUUUGUUUCUCCUGAAUGACACAUCAGUGGGUUUUGAUUGUGUCACACGUCUGUUAAAGACUGGAAUGUUGUACAAAGUCUUUAAAGACUGGUGCUUUCUGUAUAAACCUAUGAUCAGUAUAUGAUUAAACAUAUCAAUAUGCACUACACACAAGCUUUGUGCUUCCAUCUAAAAUUUGAGUAUUUGAAAUUUUGUUGACUUUUUUCCUGAGUACUUGCAAAAAACAUUUCAGAUGACACUUAGUCAUGUGGGGGUUUGAGAAUUUAAAUUACUUUGGAAAAAUAAUAGUUGAAGUUUGCAUCAAUUGUUAAACCCUCCCAUGGUUUUUAUACUGUAGUCUCAGAGAUUCGUAUAUAACUGAGUAUAAAUUUUAACACUGGAUACAUUCUGUGCUUUUUAUAUGUAUACAUUAAAAAAAAAUUUUUUUUACAUGUUUAACUUUUAAUUGUAGAAAAAAAAUUUUUUUCUUGUGAAUGCUGGAGUUUGAAUGUUACAUAAGUUUUUCUAAAAUCACAUGGCUGGAAUUAAAAAGUGUAGCAAAUUAAAGAAUUUGUUUUUUUAAAUGUUUCGUUUCAUUGAACCUCUCAUUUGAAAUAUGAACUACAUAACCAAAACAGUUCUGUGCUGCCAUAAUUUUGGGCAUACACUAGAUAUUUGCUUUGUAAGUCUAACUUUUUUUUCUUGUUUUUGCUGAAUGUAUUUGUAUGGUGAGUUCUUGGGUGAUCUUGGUCUGCUGAAAGGUGGGGGCGGGGGGCGGUUUGUAUAAACUAAUACCAGCUUAAAUUAUUUAAUACUGUAAGAUUAAAUUUUUUACACUGGAAAUUAUA